CAACUCAAGGGCUAUCUCGACGAGCUUCGCGCACUACCCAGCAGCGGCUACAUCGGCUCGGCGGAUUCGGGCCCGGUGACGGAUACCAUCCUGGAGCGUUAUCACACUCAAGGCCCAUUCGAUUCCGAAGAAGCAUUCAAUACUGCAAUCAUCAGUGCCUUUAUAGCAAUGGAACCCAGACGCCACAUCAAGAACUUCUUGACCGGCAUGCUAUCUCAAAAUACCCAUCGGAUUGUAUUUACGCACGGAGACUUCCGCCUCGCAAACAUCAUGGUCCACGACGGACAUGUCACGGGGAUUGUGGACUGGGAGUAUAGUGGUUGGUAUCCCCGAAUACUGGGAAUUCUCCCGGGCACUCUAUGUGUGGCGUUGGCAGCAUGAUUGGACCGAUUAUUUGAUGCGGAUUCUUCGCCCGUAUUAUUCGGAGUACAUGUUUCAUUCUUUCCUCAUGGCAACUUUGUGGUGAUGCUCGGUUGCCGUUCGUCCAUUAUUACUUAGGAUAUCUGCGCAGCAUGCCAUAGAUACCCUACCGCGAACCCAGGUCGAAGGUAUUACGGGCGAUGCGUUCGUCUUUGUCUUUAUGCGAUAGAGCUGCGUCUCCACAUAGUACUCAAAUUGCCACUACAAGUCUAUAUCGC